CAACCGGGAAGUCGUGCGAGAGCGACGGCCGACGCCCGGCGCUUCCACGACACAGCCGCGCACGAGGCCAGGCGGUGCCCUGCCGGACGCUUUGGCUACGGCACUUAGGCCCACGAUGGCGCUCUGCUGCUGGCAUCGGAAUGGCGUCGUCACCUUCGCAGCUUUCUUUACGGUGGUGGGGGUGCUGGUGAUCGCAGCGGGCCGCCUGUGGCUGUCUUGGGCGGCGGUGGCGCAGACCGCGGUCCAGCCUGGAGAGACCGGCCUGCAGUACCGAGCCAGCCCCAUCGACUUCAAGAUCUUCCGGCUGCUGAGCAGGCGCCUGGAGCGACUGUCCGCGUCCGAGAGGGAGGCCAUAGCAGCUUCUCGGGAUCUGUACGAAGCUAAGAUGAUCGCGAUUUCGUUCGUGGCGCUGGGAGUUGUCAAGACCAGCCUGUCCGUGGUGCUGCUAGUGGCCGCCUUGAUGGAGCUGGAGCGAGUGCUGCAGGUGUUCCUGUUUGGGGGUGCGCUGGUGGUGGGCGUGGCAGCGAUGCAGGCGGUCGGUGUGGAGGUGGUGCUCCUCCAAGACCGGCCGGCCAUGGAGUUCGCCAUGCCUGCCACACUCACCAUGCGCGGCGCUGCCAUCGUGCUGCCUGUGUCCGCCAUCUUGUAUCUCGGUGUGGACGUGUUGUCGCUGGUGUGCGUCCGCAAGUUCUACUGCGAGCUGAGGACGCAGCGGCUUCGGCCCUGCGGGCUGCCGCCGGCUGCACCCAUCUGAAGAGGGCUGCCACACGGCGGAUCCCGCUCAGAGGAAGUUCCAGUCUCCACAUCCGGCCACACUGCCGAACGCGGUUUGCAGCCAAAGAAUAGAGGGCUCCGACCUGCCGGUAGCCUGCAGGGUCCAACGGCUGCCACGCGCCAGUUUCGUCAGCAGUGAAUGGCGCUAGAGACUGCUCUUUUCGGGUUCUUUGUCAUUUUCCUUCCUAGUCAAUAAAUAACGUAGACUCGAUUGUCUACGGACGUAACUAAGUAAAUCUUCGAGAGGUCUGAUGCUCGUGUUUCACUGUGUCGCAAGAGAUGUCACUCAACUGUUUCAUAAAACACGCGUUUAAUUUGGACAAUAUCUGUACAGAAUUCGAAUCAAAUAACCGCAGCAGUAUGAAAAUACCUCCUAAUGAAAACAAGUUCUAUAGGUUAGACGCUUCCCCUCAAAAAUUUUUUUAGUUCGUACCUCUAUGUUGGUUGGUGAUUAUUCUCCGACAAAUGUCUCAAGAAAUACGUGUGGCGUAACUCCACAAUCAUGUCCCAUUGAAAGCAAAGUUUCCCGAGUCUUGUACAACACUCCUAUUUUUUUGAGAAUGCUCGCACGAAGAAGUCAUCCUCACCACCAGUUUCCUGCUAUGUUCUUUGUGUCUCCUGUUAUGGCGGUCCAAUUCUUCCUCCUUAAAACUACUGCGUGCCCUGCCUUCCAGCACAUGGUCCAGUAUCUCAAAUCUCUUCCUUCCUCGCCUCCUCUGUGCUCCACAUACGCUUCUAAACCUGUCUUUAUAAGACCCCCUAUUAGUUUUCCUUCUUUUUCUCAUACUAAACAACUCUGGUCUCCUACGCUUCUCAGUGCCCCUCCAUAUUCUACCCUUUACAUAUAGCUUAUUUUCUUGCAUUAUCCGCCUCGCCAACAAGGCGGCAGUCUUGCUCUAUCUUUCUUCCUCACGUUCCAAUUUCCAGUAGCACACAAGAGGAAAACCCAAUAAAGUACGUCAUCAAUGUUUCCCUCAAAUCUUUGUUCAUACUGCAGCUGAAAACUCUCCUCUGCUUACAAAGUACCUCUUUUGCCGUUGGUAUCAUCGUCAUCAUGAUCUUGAAUAGUUUUCAGUCCCAACCUGGGUCUGUUUGGAACAUAAGCCACCAGAUUUAGUCCUGUUUUCCCACUCUAUUCUUUGUUUACCCUGCUCCUGUCUUCCCUUUUAUUUUUAACAUACUCCUCCACACCUUUCAGCCCUCUAUUCCUUGGUCUUCCUCUUGGUAGUUUCCUUUACACAUGCAUUUCAUGUGCCUUCUUGGGAAUCCUAUUGUUUCCUAUUCUCUUUAAAUGCUCAUACCAUCUUAGCCGUCAUGUUGCUAUCCUGCUCUGCAAAGUUUCCAAAGUCGCUAUUCCCCUUAUCUUUCAUUCCUCGUCCUCUUCCUCCUUGUUACUCCUGUCCUAUUUCCGAGGAACUUCAUUUUACCUGCCUCUAAUCUGCUUACAUCUCCUUUCUUCAUUACCCACGUUUCAGAUGCAUAGGUCAGCAACGGAAUGUAGUAAAUGCUAUAUAUCACUUCUUUGCUUUUUGUGGGACGCAUUUAUUCCAAACUGCGCUCCUAACAUGUCGGACGGAUGCUACUGUCUCUCUGCCACUUCCACUGAUCUCUUUCUCAUUUCUUCCACUCUCUUCUAUCAUGCUUCUCAAGAACAUAACACAUUCUAUCUUCAAUGGUUCACUUCCAAUCCUUAUCCUGCUACUUGGUCUAUCUUUCUUUCUAGCUGCAACCAGGAUCUCACACUUGUUUACUUUGAAUUUCAUUCUAUACCAUCUCACAUUUUCUUCCCAAGCGCCGGCCGCGGUGGUCUCGCGGUUCUAGGCGCGCAGUCCGGAACCGUGCGACUGCUACGGUCGCAGGUUCGAAUCCUGCCUCGGGCAUAGAUGUGUGUGAUGUCCUUAGGUUAGUUAGGUUUAAGUCGUUCUAAGUUCUAGGGGACUGAUGACCACAGCAGUUGAGUCCCAUAGUGCUCAGAGCCAUUUUUUUUUCUUCCCAAGCACCCUGCUUUUCCUGCUCUCCUCCUCCGUGUUACCGCAGAUCAUUAAAUCAUCGGCGAACACCACUGCCUUCAUCUUGUCUCCUUCAGCCUUGGUAUACUGGCUCAAAUUUCUGAGCUUCAAGUCCUACCCGCUUUCUAUUCUGCUUCCUAGUUAUUUGAAGUGUUGCACGCGUUCAGCAUUAUCUUUUCCAUUUUAUUUCCACCCAAUGCCGUUACUUUUGUUUUCCUUGCAUUAAUUUUCUUUCCAUAGCUCUCUCCUUUACAUUCAAUGACAUCUGCCAUCUCCUGUAAUUCACGGUGCUGAUGUCCAGCGUUUAGGAUGGUCAGAAACGCACGCGUAUGUUAAGUGCGACGUAACAGUUCUUGUGUGC